AUACAGGUGGCGCUGUAUUCAAGGCCGAUGUCGCUUUUACGUACGAAAAUAAUCCAUUUUCUAAUGUUUGUAAAUAACCGAUCACAUGGAUAGUUAGAUUAAUUCAUAGCAAGAUAUACUAAGAAAGAGAAGUUUGCUUUAUUCGAAAACUAAGAUGGACGACCCUCCACCAAGCUACAGUAGUUUAUUCAAUGAUCAUGCCAGUGGAAUAAGUUACAUAGAUUUCCUGCCUUUUGGUGUAAAAGAGAGUUUUUUAAGCAAACCUAUAUGUGACAGAUUCGGGAAAUUGAUAGAAAAUGCUAACCGGUGGCUGAGACUCAACCCCCAAUGGGAAAUAGUAACUUGCGAGAGUGUGGAAUUCAAAGAUAAGGGCGGCCAAAUUUUACCAACAAAAAUGUCUUACUACGAAAAUACAAAAACUCAAAUGAGCUUCAUCAGAGGACUUAGGCUGUGGUUGAAAACAGUUCCUGCUGGUCAAGAGAGGAUAAAAAAAAUUGGAUACAGGAACUUGGUGCCUCAAACAGUAUCUUCCGCAGGAAUGUUUACCCACGCAAAGUAUGAAACUUUAGAUGAUAUCCUGCGACGCUUUAAUACUGGUUCUCGUACAUCGCAUCUACCAGGUCGUAUUAUUACAAUAGAAACCCAAGGCAUGAAGAUAAAAAGUGGUGGUGCUAUCGAUCCGGACCGAUCAAGGUGGACGGAAUUCGAUGGUCGGGACAACAGAUUCAUCUAUAUAAUCAGAAUAUUUUAUGAAAUCUGUGACCCUUUGCACGAAACAAUAGGUAUAACAGAUUUUGUGCCAGAGUGUAGAUCAAGUGGUUUAUUAAACCAGGAGUAUGAACCUUUUUCCGCAAUGUUUGAUAGAGCGUCAUCGUGGUGCUCAAGGCAUAGGGAUUUACGAAUCUCUAAUAUGCAGACUUUGUCAACAAAAGUUCAAGGCGGAAUCAACCCAAGAAAAAUGAGCUAUACAGAGCAUGAAGGACGCUUAACUCUUUUUGUGAAAAUAUUGCGUGUGGCUUACAUACGUCAGAAAUUUUCUCCCACACCUAUUCGAUAUAGCUGCAAAACGUUUGCUCCUGCACAAUUGCAAUCUUCAAGUUCGUUUUCGAUGACGUUUGAAACAUUGCAACAAACUAUGAAGAAGGUUUCAGAUUGGAUUCAACACAAUAAAGCAGAAGUAAUAAACAUGGAGACUGCUGUAGUGCGUUUGUCCAGCAAGGGUCCUACUCAUAGCGCCAACAAGAGUCAUUACUAUGAUCGAGGAACACCAGAACGUUACAUAUUUAUAAUAAGAGCUUAUUUUAAUGGUUGUCAUAACUAACUCUUGAACAGAACUUCUCAAGUGAAUGACUAAUUGAUUAUAUAUAACGAAAAUGCUACACCUCAUAGUUUAUAUUGCACAAAAUUAAUGUUUCAUAUCAAGGUUUUAUUUUAAACUUGGUGUCAGAUUCUAUUGCAAAAAUAUACAUGGCCAAACAAUACACAUUUCUAUAUACAAUAAUGUGUGCAGUGCUCAAAAAAUAAUAAUGCAAUCUUUGUUCUAAUGAUUGGAUCUUUACCUACCAGGACUCUGUCUUAAUAUUUUAAAGAGGUGACCUCAAAUAUGUAGAGUAAUUAGUUACUUAAUUAAUAAUAUGCACUUUAAAUAGCCAGAAUCUGGGAAACAUGGUCCCAAUAGCUUGGUCAGGAGAGGGUUCGAAGUUUGGACCCCUUAAUCUUAAUUUUUGCUCAUUUCGCUAUAUGUAGAGAAUUUUUUGGACGAUUAUAGCAUUUUUUGAUCCAAUGCCAAAGAAAAAAUACAAUUUUUAAUAACUAUUUAUUAUUUUCGUAUUAUUGAAUAAUAAUCGAAAAAAUUAUGAAUUGUAAAGUAUACAAAAAAUUUUGAAGGAUAGGAAUACAAAUCAGUAGAAAAAAAGGCUCGAUUAUUCAGAGAAAGCACGUUUUUGUGUUAUUUCAUAAUUUAAAAUAGCGCCUGCACUAAUUAAUUAGCAUAUUUAUACAUUAGAUCACCCUUUUAAGCCUAGAUCGAGUCCCAGUUCUUGAAGAUCAAAUCACUAGAUUGAAAGUUAUCCAGAGUGUUCCGUUUAUUAUUAUUUAUUUAUUUUGGGAACUUACUCGCAUAGUGAAAUCGCAUAAGACAGCAUUAAUACUUCGCUUAUGGACUGCAAUAGUGGCACAACUCAAAAAACACGCGUUUUGGACUAAGAACAGGUGUAAAUAUGAAACUACAUAUUUUUUUCAGCAGCAAUACUAGCAUACUCAUAAUUCAACUUGAAGGUAAUCUUCGUUCAAAUAAACUAAGGCUUUUCUUAUGCAUUCUCCUUAACAAUGAAAACUUCAAACCCACCUAUCUCAAAACAUGAUUUUUUGAGUUGUGCCGCUAUUGCAGCCCAUGAGCGACUUGUUAAUGUCAAGCAGAGAGAUUAUAGAGACAUCUACAUACCUCUCAAAACAAUUGAAAUUAUGCUUACGCAGUUAUGCUGGCACAACUGUGAAUAAGAAGCAGUCCAUCCACCAAAUCAUAUGACGCGGAAAGAUAGCUACUUAGUUUCCUGCCGUAAUCGUUUAUUUUAUUGGAUUGUUUAUUGGAAUAACAUACAUAUGCAGGUUAGUGUGCUCAAUUUAGGCUUAUAAACCUUUGUUAAGUAGAAAGAUAAGUAGCCCGAUACAGAGACGGACAUCACAAAGAAUACAUCGAGGGUUACGGCGGGAUUCAAACCCGCCACCUCUACGCUUAACAGAGCGUUUACCAGGAGACAUUGAUCGGCCAGGGUUUCCCCGCCGUAAUAGUUGAACUAUAUUUUCAUUUCGUAAAUCUGAUGUAGUAGUAUAUCAAAAAAAAACUAAAAUACUUUCAGCUUAAUUUCUGAAAGAACAUUCGGAAACUCAUCUCUUUACUUUUUUUAAACAAUUAUUUGUGUUAGUGAAUCCCUGAGAGAAGUUUCGAUUCUAAGAAUAUUACUUUGGAAAGAUAAAGCAAUUAUGGAAUAUUCGUAAAAAAAUUUUACUUCAAUUUUUUUUAGUUUCUUGAGCACGCUGACCAUCUGGAGCAGCAAAAUGGGUUAUUAAUGACGGUCUGGGAAACAUCCCUGAUAAUGAUCCGAAGACUUGCCCAGACAAUUUUGAAAAGAGGGGGCCGUGGGUAGAGAAUCUGACUCCAGUCCGAGGGGCCGGAGUUCGAUCUUCAGUUCCGCUAAGACAUUCGUAAUUUCAGCAUUAUAAAUGCUUGUAAAAUCUGGUACAAAUUUUCUUCCCUUUCAGAUUUAUGCCGAAAUUGAGAAAGUGGCCUCACACGUGAGAUCCUCUCUGCAAAGGAUCAAAAUUAAAAUGGUAUGUCUCCAGAUCAUCUUUAGCCAUAUUUCCCAGACUGUCGCCCUAGAGCGCUCACAAUCGUCACUGUGCAGCUCUAAUACUGCGUAAGUAAAGUCCCUAAAUCGGCAACCUGUGCACAAGAAAUAAAUCUGUAAGCUUGUGCACUCGGAACGGCUUUUCAAAGUUUACAACACAGCACAAAUUAUUGAAGUAGAACAUAAAGAUAACUGCAGCUCAAGUGCAACGUGAACAUAACAAACGUGUAUAAAGAAUAUUCAGAUUUGUGGCGGGAAUCGAACCCACUACUUCAAGCUUCCGAAUGUUUCUCUCUUCUUUAAGUAACUUAUUUACCUUGAAUGUUCGUAAUUUCAGUAAUUUUUAUUAUAUUAAUUUUGGCUCUGAAGAGAAUAUAUUGUAUAAGUUCCUUGAAAUUUCUUCGUCCUUUUACGAUGAUCAAUUUUUAGAUAUCUAAUGUUGAAUUAGCUAGAGAUUGUACCAAUCAAUCUCAGCUUUAUAUUGUGCAUUUACUUUUAAGCAUAUUCAUCAAUAUAUACUUUCAUAUAUACAUCAUAUUAUACUUUUAAACAUAUUCAUCAAUUUUAUUACAAAUAUAUUUAUAUAUAAUUGUUAUGAUUAUAAUAGUAAGUAUGAACACUUUGUACGGGGUAGAGGUUUCCGAUAUUCGCUAUAAACCCAGAAUUUACAUAAUUUAAUAAAAUGAAAGAGGUUUUAUAAAAGACUUUUCAAAAUUCAGGUUUAAUUUUAAUUUAAAUCCUAACGAUUUAAAUUAAAACAUAAUAUCGAGCCUUAGUGUCUUAAAAGCAUACUUUCAAAUAAAAUAUAAUGAAAUAAAAUUAAUUUAUUUUUAUGUUAAUGAAUGCCAAUAAAAUGUGUAAAUUCAGGGGGAUUCAGAAUUCAGUAAAAAGCAGGGAAAUUUUAUCAGUCUGGAAAAAUCAAGGAAUAUAAGGGAAUUGAAAUAAAAUACACAAAAAGUCAAGGAAAAUGAAAUUAUUUGCGUUUGUGUUACCUAAAGGUCAGUUGUUGUCGGUAUACAAUUAAAGCGAAAGGGGUGCCAUCUCUGACUUGGAAUUCGCCUUCUGCCACACGCAUACGUCACAGCCCGUUUUACUGGGAGGUCACAUUCACACACCAUCCACUCGCGAUCGUAAUUUUGACCUGAACCAGAGCACGAUCAAUCUCCGAUCCAGAAUCCCAAGAGGUAUCGGAUUUGUUAUGAGAACUUGGAGUAGUUUGUGACCCGAACAAAUUUGGGUGCAGCAGUCACCAUUUUGUACACUAGGAGUCUUCAGUUAGCGGGGAUGGUACUCGCGAGCUACCAACCAGGCUAUCCCAGCCUACCUAAAAGUGUGAUAUAUCUUUUGAAGAAACAGAACUUUCAAUAUAUGUAUUUAUUUAUCUGAACAAUUAAUCUUGAUUGGCAGUGUUUUGUAUGUUAGUUUAUUCCUAUAUAUAAGAUGUUACUAAAAAAUUAGUAUUGAAAUUGAGAUACUGGCACAAUAAAAAUUUGUUAAAAU